CGGCCUAUUGGCAGCGGUGUUCCACACACAGGCCAAUCCAAGACUUCAACCACACAAUCACCUUUAUGUUAACGUGUGCUGUAUGUCGCUUGCUAGAAGGCUAUUGAUUCAGUACAUUUUGUCUUUUGUUACCUAAGGAUAAAGCAAACUAUUAUUCUUGACUUGUUCUAAUGUGUGCUGUUUCGUUGGGGUUGGUUUCAAACUUUUUCCAGUUUUAUUUUCGUUCUCUUGUCAAACGUUGUGCUAAGACAAGCUUUGCUUAUCCAUACCGGUCUUGAAAACAUAGACCCACUAAAGUGCUCUCUCCCGAUUCAUUCAUCGAUUUUCUAUUGACUGAUUGAUUUUUUGGUGGUGUGUUUUUUCUUAUUUUCUUCCAAUCUCUUCUUGCUCCCUUUGGAUAAUACCAAGGAAUCUUCCUAUCUGAUGAUCAACGCUUAUCGUUCUACAAAUGUUAUAAACAGUAAAUCGCUCAAUUUAUAUUGAGUGUUCAAUCUGGCAUAUUAGUUCGAAGUAUCUGUCAAUUGCAAUUACAAGGAAAAUGACAGAAACACAGUUUGGACAAGGGUGGAGAAACCUGACUAGCCUGGCGUCACCUGACAACUCGAAUGUGACUGAAAGCCACCUUAACUUUACUUUUAUAUUUCCUUCACAGACUGAAAGCCACCUUAACUUUACGUUCGAGACCUCCACCUACAACGUCUCCUUUAAUGUUACUAAUGGGACCACGACAGCAAUGUCCUCAAGUGAAAAGGACGUUCAGGAUUUCAUUAUUGGUCUCUGUCUCGCCAUCGGGUCAGCCAUGUUGACCGGAGGAAGCUUCGUCUUUAAGAAGUUGGGACUGUUAAGAUAUGAAAAGAAAGAGGCGUCAAGGGCAGGUCAAGGUGGUCUGGGCUACUUAAAAGAAUGGAUGUGGUGGGGCGGAUUGGUACUUAUGGCUACUGGAGAGAUUUCUAACUUUGCAGCCUACAUUUUUGCCCCUGCCACUCUCGUCACACCCCUGGGAGCCUUAAGUGUUAUAGUCAGUGCCGCACUGUCUGACCGCGUGUUGAAAGAGAAGCUAAAUAUACUGGGCAAAGUGGGCUGUGUGAUCUGUGUCCUAGGCUCCACUGUGAUGGUCAUCCACUCUCCCAAGGAACAAGAGGUGCACAGUGUCAACGAUUUGAUGUUAAAGAUAAAAGAACCUGCCUUCAUUGUCUACGCAGCUAUUCUUCUUAUUAUCGCCCUUGUAUCCAUUUUCUACUUUGCUCCACGCUACGGCCAGAAGAAUGUUCUCGUGUACAUUACUAUCUGCUCCACUUUAGGGUGCUUUACCGUCAUGGGCAGUAAAGGUGUUGGAACAGCGAUCAACGCCACGAUUCGUGGUGACAACGAGUUCACCAACUGGAUGACCUACGUCCUUCUGGCCGUCGUGAUCGUCUGCAUACUUCUGGAGUUGAACUUUUUAAACAGGGCGCUGGCCUCGUUCAACACCGCCGUGGUCACCCCCAUUCUCUACGUCAUCUUCACUUCGUUCGUCAUCACUGGCUCCGCCAUUCUGUUUAAAGAGUUCGAAAAGAUGCCCGCUCUGGACAUUGUUGGAAACUUGUGUGGCUUUUUGGUGAUCAUCGCUGGGAUCUUCCUUCUGAACGCCUUCAAGGACAUGAAAAUUUCCUGGAGGAACUUGCCUAAGGCCAACAAGGGAUCGGAUCUUCCGGAAACUGAUUCGAUGAGCAGUACCGGCGUCACCAACGUCUCCUUUGUGGAUGUUCAGGAGAUUGAGGAUAGUCUGUCCCGAAAGCUGUCCAGCGAUUCCAUCACCAGGAGAAUGUCAGACAAGUCUGACUACAACGAGAACGGGCUGGCUAGAGACAGGUACACGUAUCACGGCGGCAGUCCGAACCAGGACAUUUGCUAAAGCAAUGAGAACGCUAAUUCUGAACCAGAAUAUUUUCUAGGGCAAAAUCAAUGGAGGUCGUUUACAUUACAUGUUUACCAUGCUUAUACCAUCCAUACCAGGUAUUGCAGUGAUCUCAGUUUUCGUGUAAAAAUUUUCACUGGCCUAACGACAACACUUUAAUGUGCAGCAAGGUCGUCAGGGUCAAGAGGUCAUCAAGCUCCUGAGUGUAUUGCUCACCAAAUCGAUAUGGGUCAAACACUGAUACAUUGAAAUGCUGUGAUAUUAUACAAUUCAACAUUAAUUAAUUAAUUAUUUUUUUCAAUAUGUGUGCGUGUUAUAUUUUGUUGUAUAUAAAGUCGAUCAGAUGCACUGUUAUAACAUUCACUUAGAUAUUAUUGUUAUUUUGUUCUUAUCCAAACUGCUGAUGAGGAGCGAUAUUGCGAAAAUAUGUUGUCUACAUUUAAAAAAAAAUGUUUUGACAUAGCACCAAGUCUAAAAAAAAUUGUCGCGAUCGCUUACUAAUGAAAGAAUUUAAAAAAAAUGAUGUGUACAAAUGAUGUGUAUAAAGUCUGCUGAAAUUACAUUGUCUACCUGUACAAAAGAUACCAGACGUCCGGCAAAAGGAGGACAUGUCCUCCUCUUUGGGGUUGUGUCGUUUGUCCGGCAGGCAAUGACCUAAAGUGUAAUAAUGUACGGAUUUUUGCACUUCUGUUUUCUUCAACUGCAUGUUAUCCAUUGAUCUAAUUGAGUUCUACGAAAAGCCGAACCUUUGGUUUAAAGUCACCAACUCAUUACUGAAAGAAAGAUCACGUGUUUUUGUUAUUUUCAAGAGAAAAUCCUUCAUGAACUGGUGUUCAUUGAUUGAAGCCUAUUCAAACGAAGGGUCAUUUGUUUCUGCUGGCUUUACUUUUUCCCCAUCUAAUGUCAGAUAGAUGACAUGUGCAUCAUCUGUCCUGUUGAUCACAAGGUCUGAAAGCAGAGCUUUAAUUUUUGUAAUUUAUUGAAAAGAUAGCUGUAAGGUUUAUCUUUUGGGUACUUUCAUAUCAGAUGUUUGGUUCAUCCUUAGCUAACUUCAAAUCAUUUGUUCAUUUUAUCCUUGGCUACCUUCAUUUCAGAUGUCAUGUGUUAAGUUCAUCCUUGGCUAACUUCAAAUCAUGUGCUAAGUUCAUCCUUGGCUACCUUCAUUUCAAAUGUCAUGUGUCAUGUUCAUCCUUGCUUACCAUCAACUAGGGUGUUAGUGAUCCUUGGCUUAGUGAUCCAGAAGAUGUUUUUGUUUUGUUUUUGUUCUGAAGUAAUUCCUGAAACCUACGUCAUCUUUUACUAAACUUUACUUUGUCCCUACCUUUAAGACUAUGUCUCCCUAAUUGUCCUCUUACGGGCAUGUGUCUGGUAACCUUAAGUACUGUACGCCACCAUCAAGCUUAUUAGUAACAAUGCAAAUAAAAAGUUUUAUCAUUUCUACCAUUCAGAACCAAUGGAUUUGUUUUAUGUCAGAAGGUAAACCAGCUGAAUGUUGUUGUUUUUUUUUUAAUUACCUGCCUCAAUAUGUUCAUUAUAUGUAUUUUUCUUGUUCUUGUUCUGAAAACAUGUUGAAACCUGAUAUAUGCUUAUUACCCAGAUUGAAGCAUGUGAUGUUAUAUCUUCGUAAGUAAUACAGUAUUUGUGGGUAAACGUUUAAUGUAUUUGUUCUCAAUCUUAAAAUUGAAUUAUUCCUUUUAAGAAAUAAUUAGCUGGUUAAUUCGAAACAAAAAAAAAUUGUUGUUUUGGUCAAAUUGUAAAUAUACUCUUCAUUUUCUUUCAUACUUCAUUUCCGAUAUCAAGCUCAUUCUUGGUUACCUUCCUUUUAGAUGUCAGGUUUAUACUUAGUUACCUUCAUUUCAGAUGUCAGGUUCAUACUUAGUUACCUUCCUUUUAGAUGUCAGGUUCAUCCUUGGUUUCCUUCAUUUCAGAUGUCAGGUUCAUCCUUAGUUACCUUCCUUUUAGAUGUCAGGUUCAUCCUUGGUUUCCUUCAUUUCAGAUGUCAGGUUCAUCCUUAGUUACCUUUCUUUUAGAUGUCAGGUUCAUCCUUAGUUACCUUCCUUUCAGAUGUCAGGUUCAUACUUAGUUACCUUCCUUUUAGAUGUCAGGUUCAUCCUUAGUUACCUUCCUUUUAGAUGUCAGGUUCAUCCUUAGUUACCUUCCUUUUAGAUGUCAGGUUCAUCCUUGGUUACCUUCCUUUUAGAUGUCAGGUUCAUCCUUAGUUACCUUCCUUUUAGAUGUCAGGUUCAUCCUUAGUUACCUUCCUUUUAGAUGUCAGGUUCAUCCUUAGUUACCUUCCUUUUAGAUGUCAGGUUCAUACUUAGUUACCUUCCUUUUAGAUGUCAGGUUCAUCCUUAGUUACCUUCCUUUUAGAUGUCAGGUUCAUCCUUAGUUACCUUCCUUUUAGAUGUCAGGUUCAUCCUUAGUUACCUUCCUUUUAGAUGUCAGGUUCAUCCUUAGUUACCUUCCUUUUAGAUGUCAGGUUCAUCCUUAGUUACCUUCCUUUUAGAUGUCAGGUUCAUCCUUAGUUACCUUCCUUUUAGAUGUCAGGUUCAUCCUUAGUUACCUUCCUUUUAGAUGUCAGGUUCAUACUUAGUUACCUUCCUUUUAGAUGUCAGGUUCAUCCUUAGUUACCUUCCUUUCAGAUGUCAGGUUCAUACUUAGUUACCUUCCUUUUAGAUGUCAGGUUCAUCCUUGGUUUCCUUCAUUUCAGAUGUCAGGUUCAUACUUAGUUACCUUCCUUUUAGAUGUCAGGUUCAUCCUUGGUUUCCUUCAUUUCAGAUGUCAGGUUCAUACUUAGUUACCUUCCUUUUAGAUGUCAGGUUCAUCCUUAGUUACCUUCCUUUUAGAUGUCAGGUUCAUCCUUGGUUUCCUUCAUUUCAGAUGUCAGGUUCAUACUUAGUUACCUUCCUUUUAGAUGUCAGGUUCAUCCUUGGUUUCCUUCAUUUCAGAUGUCAGGUUCAUCCUUGGUUUCCUUCAUUUCAGAUGUCAGGUUCAUCCUUGGUUUCCUUCAUUUCAGAUGUCAGGUUUGUACUUAGUUACCUUCCUUUUAGAUGUCAGGUUCAUCCUUAGUUACCUUCCUUUUAGAUGUCAGGUUCAUCCUUAGUUACCUUCCUUUUAGAUGUCAGGUUCAUCCUUGGUUACCUUCCUUUUAGAUGUCAGGUUCAUCCUUAGUUACCUUCCUUUUAGAUGUCAGGUUCAUCCUUAGUUACCUUCCUUUUAGAUGUCAGGUUCAUCCUUAGUUACCUUCCUUUUAGAUGUCAGGUUCAUCCUUAGUUACCUUCCUUUUAGAUGUCAGGUUCAUCCUUAGUUACCUUCCUUUUAGAUGUCAGGUUCAUCCUUGGUUACCUUCCUUUUAGAUGUCAGGUUCAUCCUUGGUUUCCUUCAUUUCAGAUGUCAGGUUCAUCCUUGGUUUCCUUCAUUUCAGGAGUUUAGUUUCUCCUUGAUUACUUGACCAAAUGAUUUUGUUUCAAACUCAUUGUCUUUCGGUUGUUGACAUUUUCCAUUUGCUUCAUUUUAUUGUUCUGCAAUUUAUACUUAAGCACAUAGUAUGCGCCCCUCUCUCUCUCUCUCUCUCUCUCUCUCACACACACACACACAAACACACACAUGCAUUCUUAGAUUGUAACUUUCUUGCAUUGAGAUAUACCUGUAAUGGUCAAAGUGAACAAUAGCACAGAUUCAAACAAAGACUGAAACCUUCUCAGUUUCGUACUUUUUUUUUUUUUUUUUUAGUUUUGUCUUAGGGUUGAUUUAUUUUCUGCUAUACAUUGCGGAAGUACACCGUCUGCCCACAUAGAUCACAAAGUGGUACCUUUUAUUUUUACCAAAAUAGUCAGACUUUUACAAGGAUGAACAGAAAACAGUGCAAUUUUGUAAAAACAAUAACAAAUUUGUUGAAACAAUAUACUCUUCAUGACUAUGUUUUUUAAGUACUACAAUUAAACGAAAAUUAAACUGUAUUUUGAGUUUCUUAGCUGCCAAUUAAAGUAAUUUAGUGUGUGAAGUUAAA